AUGCGUUCAUUCGUUUUCUUCUCAACCUUCGUUUUGAGCUUUGCUCUAUUCCAACUUGUCACCGCUCGAGUCACCAAUCCGCAAAAGCGUGCUGAACAGGAUACUAGCCCCAAUGGAGUAGUCCACUUCAUCCGGGAUCUCUUUGGUCUGGCUGCCCGUCAAGAACAAGUCUGCGUUGAGGGCGAUGUCUACACGGAACUUCACGAGUACCCCAACGCCAACGAAUUUUGCAACAGAUUUUUGGGCAAUCCUCCUGAUACUGUUGCCGUUUAUACUACCCCCGUCACGUAA